AUGGUUGGUAAUCUGUUAUUGUUAAAAAUCUUACACGACCGACGCCGUAAUGAGAAUAAAGUUCCCGCAACCCAAAACGAUUCAUCGGUAUUUAAUGGCAUAAAAAAAGAAAAUGAGAAGAAAUGCAGAGUUUGUCUAAAAGAUGGUGACAUUCCGAUCUUCGGAAACCUACUAUCUGACGAUGUUUCAGAAAACUUACGUGUAUUUGCGGAUGUUGAAAUUGAUCCUGACGAUAAGUUGCCUAAGUUCUUAUGCAACAAUUGCCAUUCCCAGUUACAGAGUGCUGUAAAAUUUCGGAGAGCUGCACAAGAAGCUGACAAAAUAUUACGAGAAUCUCCUUCAGACCCCAAUGAUAUUAAUAAAGACAACUUCACAUAUGACUCAGCUAAAAAUGAGGAAGAUGCAAAGAAUUCUGUAGAAGAUUAUAUUUGUGUCAGCUGUAACAAAUCAUUCUGCAAUUUUGAAGAAUACACACAACAUAUAUCAGCAUACCAUGAGAAUGUUCAACGAGUAUGUCCUGUUUGCAAUAAGAGCUAUAAAGAUAUAUAUUUCAAGAAGCAUUUAGCCAUGCAUAAUAAAACCCAGUUUAUUUGUGAUAUCUGUGGCAAACAUUCCCUUCUCAAAGGAGAUUUUAUUAGACACCGACUGACCCAUUCCUAUGACCUACCUUUCAAAUGUAAUCAAUGCCCUUACAGGGGUAGGUUUGCAGAGUCUCUAAAGCUGCAUGUACGAACCCAUACUGGUGAUAAACCAUAUCAGUGCCCCCAAUGUCCAUCUCGCUUUGUCACCAAAAGUAAUUUGAACACACACAGUUUAACCCACCGUGAUAGUUAUGAUUUCAAAUGUGAGUCAUGUGGACGAGGAUUUCAUAAUAAAAAAUCAUAUGAACUGCAUUUAAAGGUAGAUCAUGCGGGCAUCAAGGAGCAUAUCUGUGAUGUAUGCAACAAAGCAUUUGGGUAUCGUAAGCAAUUGAUGAGACACCAGUUAAAAGUGCAUAAAAGAGAAAAAUUAAGAAGUGGAAAGUUGCCACUAUAUUUACAAGUUCAAGAAAUGCAGAAGGAAAAAGAGUUAAUUCCCGCAAGUGAUCUACAAAUAGAACAAAACAUGUUAUGA